AUGGAUAAACUAGAAGGGCUAUAUUUUAAAGCUUUCACUUACAAUUGCUUCAAGGAGAUGUGUGCGAAAGAAAUUUGGAGGUCACUUGUAAACUGGCUACAAAUCUCUGAAAUCUUCACGAUAAAUCAUGCAAUGGUGGAUAACUUACUACUGGCUCUAACUGUAGUUCAGAAGCUUUAUCAGAGGUUUGAAACUAUUAAUUGCCCAUAUUUGAAAGUCAUAACAGAUGAUCUUGUUUCCAAAUACGACUUAUUAGACUGUCUGUUAAAACUUCUGGGAGACAGCAACCAACAUGUUGUGUUCUCUGCAACUAAAGCGAUUGUGUUGAUUUUUCAAGUGGUUUCUAAGCAAACUAUAAGAGGCGAGUGGUUUCUGAAACUCUUUGACUUCGGGAAAGAAACUGAGCGUCCUUGGAAAAAGCUUUAUGCCAUGGAAAUGUUACAAAAUAUUCUCAAAAACGUACGGGAGACACCAAAGAAGCCUAGGAAUUACCAGCAACAUAUAGAAGGUACAAGCGGUCACACCUGCUCCUGCACUACUGAUGAAAAUAAUUUUACAGAUACUAGUCUUUCAAGAAAUGAAUUAGUAGAGGUACUUUUGGGGAAUGUUAAUUUAAGACAUAUUUUUUUUUUAUAUGUUCCUUUAAUUGUGCGACCCAAUGGAAUGUAUUCUUUUAUGGAGAACUGUCAACAUACAGGGCUAGCUGAAGACUUCAUUGUACUUUGGGCUAGUCUGAAAUUAGGAGAUGCCAUCCAUGAACAAGAAAAUGUGAAGAAAGAAGCCAUUUUUGGGACAAAAGAGAAUAACCUACUUGCCUUCCUUCAUUUUAUGGCAGAAAUUGCAAAAUACAUGAAUUUCAACUUUGAAGCAUGUCUAAAUAAGGAAGUAACUGAUUUGAAAAGCUGCAUUGGAGAACAAUGUUCUUUCCUGGGACCCCAAGAAUUUGGGUCAACCAAUGGUAGCAGACACAUAGCAGCCAAACUGUAUGAAUGGGACUCCAGUAGUAUCUUUGCCACAAGAAUGAUAAGUACUGAUACAACAGAUGAUACUGUCAAUCAGUUUUGCAUUGUUACAGCUAUGUUGACCCAGUACCUUCACCACCCAAGACUUCCACCGCUGAUUUUUAAAAAGAUUUUGGAGAUUUUGUACAAUGUAUUAUUUAUUCCAAGCUCAGUAUUGUUUACACAUGAAAAUAAAGACAGUAAAUUACAUAAAAUCUUAAGGAGCCCCUCAGUCUCUUUCCUGAGUGUUGUUGAGUGUUGUCUCCUCGCCAGAAUACCCAGGAACCCCUCAGGAAUUGUGGGAUUCAGUGGAACAGAAAUAAAAAGUCAUCCAGGACUUACUGGGCAGACAGAAAGGACUGACUUACUAGCUCUGAGGAAAGCUUCACUGACGGUUUUCAAAUCUGCUUUCAUUGUGCUAAAAUCAGCUGUUCAGCAGGAGGGUAUGUACAGGUUUGAGUGGCAAACUACAUUACUUUUAACCCUUUGACCUCUAAGAGUGACAAGAAUCUAAUUUCUCCCUACAUUAUCAUCCCUGAAUCACACAUUAAGGUCAUGAGAAUAAAGGAAAUGAUCACCAACCACACAAAUUCUCCAUUUCAGUACCUUAGGAACUGCCUAUGGAGCAAGGGAAUAUCCAUAAUGUUGUCAGGGUGUUGAGGGUAGAGAUGAUUAAGGCUCAGAGAAGCAAGACUAUUGAUGGUAAUAUUUAUUUCAUGUGUCUUUUCAGGUUCAUUUUUAUUCCAGAAGCUGUCUUUAUCUUGUGUGAACCUGUGUUUCAGGGAUGUUCUUUCUCUUGCUUGUGGUAAUCCUUUCAACAGCAAGUCAUCUGCACAGAAUUCCACUGAAACAGAACUCUCCACCAGUCUCAUAGCACUGUUUGUUGACCAGGAUGAUGAACUUGUUGAGUUGAUGUUAGCUCUCCUGUUGCUUUUUCAAGAACUUCACAAGUGAGAGUUUUGAAAUCUUGUUUAAAAUGUGUAUUUAAUAAGUAAACCCCUUCGGGUAUUGUUACAAAAAUUGCAAGGGAAAAUAUCUGGCGGUCUUUUAGUGGGCCCUUGUUCCUAGGAGGAUGUUAUGUCUUUUAAAGUCAGCUGUGGUUUGCAGUUGUUGGCAACUUUCACUUCCUUGCGUAUGGAUGAGGGUUGGAGAUUCAACAGUCCUUGGAGUGAAACUUACCCUAAGGGCAACGUUAAGGCUUUGCAUCCCACUCUUCCAGUUGUUAUGUUGUAGAAAAUCAGUGUCAAUCAACUUAGCAGCUUGAAAAGUGUUGAUUAGAGCCGCACUGUUCACAGCCUUAUUGUUCAAGCGACAAAUCCGGCAGGGGAAGCGAAGGUAACAAUGACGUAAAACUGCAAGAGAAAUACUUGGUAUCAUACAAAUUAUAUAAAUUUAUUCAGUAAGUACACGUUUACUUCAAAUUUUGUUUUAAUGACUAUGAAUACAUGGAAAUCAUAUAUGCGACCUGCAGAUCAAGAAAUGAAUAUGAAAGCGAUCUUCGCAGUAAUGAACACUACUUAAACAAUAAAAGCUAACUUCUUCGUUUGUCUCAAGAUGUAGUCACGUGUGAUGUAGAUCGCGACGUUUCGACUGCAUACUACUAGUCUUCUUCAGGCGAUGAGGUCGACUGGUCAUGCGUGAUCUUAUGAAGCAUGAUGCUCUGCUGUGCUUUUUUUACUACUUAAACAGUAGUGAAAAAUAAGGCCUGAAAAUAUUUAGGCCUGUACAGGAUCAAUUUCAUAUACAUUUCUUAAUGCGCAGCUCACUUAAAUAUGAUUUUCACAUUCACAGUCAUUGAUUCACCACUUCACAGGUUUAUUACGAAUCAACGUAAUGACCAGCUCAGUUGGUAGAGCGCUGCACCAGUAUCGCAGAGAUCAUGGGUUCAAAUCCCGUACAGGCCUGAAUAUUUUCAGGCCUUAUUUUCACUACUGUUUAAGUAGUGUUCAUUACUGCGAAGAUCGAUUUCACAUUCGAAUUUUGUGUCCUUAAGGGUUAUUUAAAGUGACUUUCUCUUUUCAACAGUCCACGGGUGGAAAUAAAAUAUUAUUCUCUUCCUUCGUCUCACCAGUCGAUUUACUUUUUACCUAACUUCCAAUUGUGUAAAACGUUGCAUAUUUUUCUUCUAACAUUUUCUUUGCCAAAUUUAUUUUCAGGAAUUUUUCAAGCGAUGAAAUUUCCAUGAAAAUUUUACAACAGCUGAACCCGCACUGGUUGUUUGCUGCUUUCACCGAAUCAGUUGGGUUUGAUCCCUCGUUACUUCUCGACCUUCUUAUUUCAUCAGAGACGCGAUUUCUGGAGUAUCUGACAAAAUAUUUACGCUUUGUUGUCAGUGAUUGGACAGAAUUCACCCAAUCGUUGGCGACUUACAGGCAAAUCGAUGAAGAAGAGGACAAAGCGAUAUACGGCGAUUUGGAAACGUGUAGUGAAAGGCGAAGAAAAAAUGAAUGCGGAAAGCUUGAACAGGAUGUUGAGUCUUCGCAGGAAGUUUCUGGAGCGCAGAUGUUAAAAACGUUUCCUCCAUCUCAAAAGGGCAAACAACCUUACAACCAUAUUUGCAUUGACACAAUUUCAAAGAACAGUUCAGAAAUUCGUUCUACGGAUCAUCGCUUGGGAAGAAAUGACUGUGAUUACCUUGGUGGCUUGAAAAGCAUUCUUGAGUCGUACUAUUCAAGCGACGAAUCCGACAUGGAAAUCGAAAGUCAAAGUGAAAAUUCAGAGACAACGGCUGACUGUGUUUUUGAGGGCUCCCACAGCUGCGAACUACAUUCGAUGACCUUUGAUAACAACAGCGUGGGAACAUUUGACUCGUCUGUCGCAAACGCGAGUCAUAUUGUUUGUGUUGCAGACAAGUCAUGCAAGGUUUUCGAUAAAAUUAUGACGAUGCUGAUUCGACUGCGAAUGUCAGUAAGGAGGCUGUUAUCCGGGGGACAUUUUCCGUAUAAUGCUGUACCUCUUAUCGCACUCAUGGAAAAUGUCGAGAAGUUUUACGAUGAUUGCUGACUCGUUGAUGUUAUAGCUCUUUUAAGUGCAUCAAAACAUGCGCAAAAUAUGGAUUUCAUGGAGAAACAUUGAAUUUUAUCCAAAUAAGUCUAAAAGCCAUUAUUUUUAGUCAUCCAUUGCGUUAAUCCUUUUAACCGCCUGCAAAAUGCCGGGUUUCCACGUUUUCUGUGGGCGUUUUCUUAAAGAGGCGAGUCCAGGGAACAGCUCACACAAAGCAAGAUGACGAAAAAUAACUAGCUAAAACGUGCUCUUUGUUUGAAAUCAAACGUAAGAAAAGCAGCAUCGUUUUUUCUUCAUGCCUUGCCCUAAAAUAGGCAUCAACAAGGUUUCCGCGGAAUUUCCUUUUGUUCUCUUCACACGACUCGCCUCGACUGGCCUAGGAUCUGUACUUCAUUUGUAACUGUAAAAAUAACGAGGUUUCGUUUCAAUAGAAUAAAACAAGCCUGAAUCCCA